UCAUCUACGCUCUUACCAACUGGAGGGAGUCAACUGGCUCGCCGAGUGCUUCCAUGGUCAGAAUGGCUGCAUCCUGGGAGAUGAGAUGGGCCUGGGUAAGACCUGCCAGACUAUUGCUCUCUUCAUUUACUUGGCAGGAAGAUUAAAUGAUGAAGGACCAUUUCUGAUUCUAUGCCCCUUGUCCGUUUUGAGCAACUGGAGAGAAGAGAUGGAGAGAUUUGCUCCAGGUCUUUCCUGUAUAACGUAUGCAGGUGACAAGGAGGAGAGAGCCCAUCUACAGCAAAAUCUAAAACAAGAGUCACAUUUUCAUGUGCUGCUAACUACCUAUGAGAUUUGCUUGAAAGAUUCAUCAUUUCUAAAAUCCUUCCCUUGGAGUGUUCUUGUUGUGGACGAAGCUCACAGGUUGAAAAACCAAAACUCCUUGCUGCAUAAGACACUUUCAGAGUUCUCAGUAGUCUUCAAUCUCCUGUUGACCGGAACUCCCAUCCAGAACAGCCUCCAAGAGCUCUACUCUCUCCUCAGUUUUGUGGAGCCUGAUCUCUUUCCCAAGGAGCAGGUGGGAGAAUUUGUUCAGCAUUACCAGGAUGUUGAGAAGGAGUCUGAGUCAGCAAGCGAACUACACAGACUCUUGCAGCCAUUUCUGUUGAGGCGGGUGAAAGCUGAGGUAGCUACAGAACUUCCCAAGAAGACAGAGGUAGUGAUAUACCACGGCAUGUCGGCAUUGCAGAAAAAAUACUACAAGGCCAUUUUGAUGAAAGACCUAGAUGCAUUUGAAAAUGAGAUGGCAAAGAAAGUUAAACUUCAGAACGUCUUGUCCCAGCUUCGAAAGUGUGUGGAUCACCCGUAUCUGUUUGAUGGUGUGGAACCAGAGCCUUUUGAAAUUGGAGACCACCUGAUUGAGACCAGUGGGAAACUUCAUCUACUGGAUAAGCUGCUUGCAUUCCUGUAUUCCAGGGGCCAUCGAGUUUUACUUUUCUCCCAGAUGACCCAGAUGUUGGAUAUUCUCCAAGACUACAUGGACUAUAGAGGGUACAGCUACGAGCGUGUGGAUGGGUCUGUGAGAGGAGAGGAGAGACACCUGGCCAUUAAGAACUUCGGACAGCAGCCCGUUUUUAUUUUUCUCCUGAGUACCAGGGCAGGAGGAGUUGGCAUGAACUUAACGGCUGCAGAUACCGUUAUUUUUGUCGACAGUGAUUUCAAUCCGCAGAAUGACUUGCAGGCAGCUGCCAGGGCUCAUCGGCUUGGCCAGAACAAGUCUGUUAAAGUUAUUCGGCUGAUUGGCCGAGACACUGUGGAGGAAAUAGUCUGUAGGAAAGCCACCUCCAAACUGCAGCUUACCAACACUAUCAUAGAGGGGGGCCAUUUUACUCUGGGGGCCCAGAAACCUGCAGCGGAUGCUGACCUCCAGUUGAGUGAGAUACUCAAAUUCGGUUUGGAUAAAUUGCUUUCAUCUGAGGGGAGCACCAUGGAUGAAAUAGAGCUGGAGACGAUCCUGGGAGAAACAGAAGAGGGCCAGUGGAUCUCUGAUGCCUUGCCUAAAACAGAAGGAGGAGUCAGCGAGCAGGAGGAAGGCAAAAACCAUAUGUACUUAUUUGAGGGUAAAGAUUAUUCCAAGGAGCCUAGUAAAGAAGAUAGAAAAUCCUUUGAGCAACUGGUGAACCUUCAGAAAACCCUUUUGGAGAAAACUACGCAAGAGGGCCGGUUACUCCGAAAUAAAAGCAGUGUUCUCCUCCCAGGCCUUGCGGAAGGGUCUACCAAGAGGAAGUGGAUUCUGAGCCCAGAGGAACUGGAGGACAGAAGGAAGAAGAGACAAGAAGCAGCAGCCAAGAGAAAGAGACUAAUGGAGGAGAAGAAGAGGAAAAAGGAAGAAGCAGAACACGAGAAAAAGACGGCCUGGUGGGAGUCCAACAAUUACCAGUCCUUCUGCCUGCCUUCUGAGGAGAGCGAACCGGAGGACCUAGAGGACAGGGAAGAGGAGAGCUCUGCCCAGCUGGAUUAUGAAGAUCCAGAUUCAAGUGCCAUCAAGUAUGUUAGCGGUGAUGUCACCCACCCACAGGCUGGGGCAGAGGAUGCUGUCAUCGUGCACUGCGUAGAUGACUCUGGUCGCUGGGGCAGAGGUGGUUUAUUCACAGCUUUGGAAACACGAUCUGCUGAGCCAAGAAAAAUAUAUGAGCUGGCUGGGAAAAUGAAAGACUUGAAUUUGGGAGACGUCCUUUUAUUUCCUAUUGACGAUAAAGAGUCAAGAAACAAAGGGCAAGAUUUGUUGGCCUUGAUUGUGGCUCAGCACCGUGAUCGCUCCAAUGUCCUGUCUGGCAUUAAGAUGGCAGCCCUGGAAGAGGGCCUGAAGAAGAUCUAUUUAGCAGCAAAGAGAAAGAAAGCAAGUGUUCAUCUACCACGCAUUGGACAUGCCACAAAAGGUUUUAACUGGUAUGGUACUGAGCGACUGAUUCGGAAACACUUGGCUGCAAAAGGCAUCCCAACUUACAUCUAUUACUUUCCUAGAAGCCAGGCAGCUCUUCUUCAUCCAUAGUCCUCUUCUUCCUCGGGACAGCUGGUGCCUUAACAGUUGGCCAGUGUCACAGUCAGCAUUCAGCAAGCAGUUAAUAUUUGCCCAGAGCUGCUGAAUUAGAGUGUUUCAAAAAGGAGUCCAGAUCUGGUGGGCCUCUGAGAAACUGUGUUUUCUGAAUUCUCAUUUUGUUGUCCAGGAUGUGUUACUCUGAUUUGAUACCUAUAAUACAGGGAUGCGCACCUUAAUUGGGAAAGUCCUCUGGCACUUUGCCAGGGCUCCAGUUUGCAUAGUUAUUUGCAUAAUAAAUUUUCUAUCUCUAA